AUGUGGGAGCGCAAUCUUCAAGACUUAAUUCGUGGUCUUCGCGCUCAUAAACAUGACGAGGCCAAUUUCAUCGCCGGGGCAAUAGAAGAAAUCCGGAAGGAGGUACGGAGCGAUGACAUGGAACUCAAGGCUGCUGCUGUGCUUAAACUCACUUAUCUUGAAAUGCUCGGAUAUGAUAUGAGUUGGGCUUCGUUUCAUGUUGUCGAGGUUAUGUCUUCUCCGAGAUUUCAUUUGAAGAGUAUGGGAUAUUUGGCUGCUACGCAAACCUUCGAACAAGAGACGGAUGUGCUGAUGCUUACGACUAAUUUACUCAAGAAGGAUAUGACGUCCUCUAAGCCUCUCGAGGUAGCCGUCUCGCUCAACGGCCUCUCCCAUAUCGUUACUCCGGAUCUUGGACGAGAUCUUUCCCGCGACCUUAUCUCUCUUCUCACUCACUCUCGACCAGCAAUACGAAAGCGUGCGGUCCUAGCUUUGUACAAAGUGUUCAUGAAGUAUCCAGAUGCGCUCGACUAUGGUAUGGAUCGUCUAAAGGAGAGACUUGAGGAUCCAGAUAUUGGUGUGGUUAGUGCUUCGGUUAAUGUGCUCUGUGAGCUUGCGAGACAGGAUCCGCGAUCGUACCUCCCAUUCGCUCCACCCCUCUUCCAUCUCCUUACUACGUCAAAUAACAAUUGGAUGCUCAUCAAAAUAAUAAAACUCUUUGGGUUAUUAACACCACACGAACCACGGCUUAUUAAGAAGCUGCAACCUCCGAUAACUGAACUCAUCACCACGACUCCUGCGAUCUCACUUCUGUAUGAAUGCGUGCAUACAUGUAUCAUCGGUGGCAUGUUGACAGGCGUUUCCGGUCAUUCGUUAGCGCAGACUUGCGUCACGAAGUUGGCUGCGUUCCUGGAGGAUCCUGACCAGAAUCUGAAAUACAUUGCCCUUUUAGCUAUGACAAAGAUUGUGCCAUCUUAUCCUCAUCUGGUUGCAGAUUAUGAAUCGCGAAUAUUGGCCAGUGUCAAUGACCAGGACCUUAGUAUCCGCAUGCGAGCUCUUGACCUUGUCUCAGCCAUGGUCAACACAAACAAUCUGCAAUCUAUCGUACAACAGCUCCUUUCACACCUUACACUACCAGAGUCUUCCAGCAUUAACACCAUCUCCGCUGCGCAGUCGCUUGCUGCAGUCCAGUCUGCAGCAACAACCGAUCGACCUGUCAGUUCACCAGCUCAAUUUUCAUCAGCCUAUCGAGAGUCCCUCUCACGGCGCAUAUUAUCCCUAUGUUCGACAAAUCUGUAUGAGAAUGUCACUGACUUUGAGUGGUAUGUUUCGGUGCUCGUCGACCUUGCAUACGUUGCUCGAGCACCAGUGGGCGAGGCUAUUAGAGAUCAGCUGGUGGAUAUCGCAGUACGGGUACGACAAAUCAGGAGAUAUGCAGUUCAAGUUUGUAUGCGUCUUCUUAUAGACGAGACUUUCUUGAGAGCAGAUGAGCCUGGGCUAAAUAAUGAAGGGUCUGGAUGUCAAGAGAUAUUGUGGGCUGCUGCUUGGAUUUGCGGGGAAUAUGGCAGUGAGUUGUCUGAUACUCGGAAGGCACUCCCUUCACUUCUCUCCUCCGAUGUCGCAAAACUACCAUCGGAUAUUAUCGCCAUGUAUAUCCAGUGCGCGGCUAAAGUCUUCGCGACGUGGGCUGUAGAGCUGGCAGAACGAUGGGAUGAUGAUGACUUACCGGAGAUUAAGGAGACCGUUUCCUCUGUCAUAUCUGGUGUUCGUCAGUUUGCAACACACGCGGACUUUGAGGUCCAGGAAAGGGCAGCAAAUGUUCUACAAUUAUUCACGUUCAUCCAGGCCGACUUGUCAUCUUUCCGUCCAAAGCCGAAGUCAGAUUAUGGUAACGGUUUUGCAGACAUCAGUACAUCUGCAUUCGACCCUGUGGGUCUUACCGAACCCGUAUACCCGAAGAGCUUAUACCUCCUCCAACCGCUGUUCUCGGCGUACGAGUUGAACCCUGUUGCACCUGAGGCGCAAGCUAGCGUGCCUGUACCAGAGAGUUUGGAUCUCGAUGCAUGGAUAGUGUCACAUGCGAUGCCGAAGGCUGAAGAACCAGUAGCGGUGGAAGUGAAGAAGAAAAAGAAGGAUAGAAAGGGAAAGGCGAAAGAGAAGGAUGGCGGAGAGGGUGUCGGGAGAAGCAAGAAGGCUGGAAAGAAGAAAGCAAGUGCAGGGAUACCUGAGCCAACUCAGGAGGAAAUUGCGGAGGCUGAGGAACGCGAAAGGGCCAAAGCACGUCGAUUGGAGAUGCUUCGCGAUGAUCCCUACUACAUCAUUGACAACAAUCCUAAGUCCCGACAAAACGAUGACGUGGAUUCAAUUCCUGUUGUCCGUUUGGAUGAUCUUCCUCCCUUAAAUUCGGGUAACGUAACACCCUCGAAUGUUCCUAUCUUUCCCCGAUCUUCUUCGUCAGCGCGUUCUUCUUUCACAGUGGACCGAGGUGGAGAAAUGCCACCAGAUGCUCUCAAGCGGGAUACGCCCGUUCCCACACACACUCCAACCAUCCCCGAACAAAAACCGUAUGUUUCCGGCUCUUCGACACCUGCUCGAACCAGUUCACCCGCUAUCCCGCCAUCUUCUUUCCAAGUUUACGAAGUUCAUGACGACGAAACGCCCAACACAAGCAAUCCUGAGCUUAUCAAGGUCACCAAGGUGAAGAAAAAGAAAGCAGGUGGGACGACAGGAAAAAAGAAACGCGCCAAGGAAGAAGAUGUUGUAGCUGGCUCUGUUGGUAGUCCUGCCGCUUCAUGA